AUUUAAAUUAAUCGAAUGAAAUUUCCAAACGCAUGCGAUUCGAGUUUCACUUCAAGGCGCGCGUGAACACACAUGCUCCACCCACUGUGGUGUCGGUUUCCUGGGCAACAGUAUACAGAAAACAACAUGUCUGGAAGAGAGAGAUCACGAUCCGCUGAAAACUCAGAGAAGAUCAAGAGAGGAGAAGAAGCGGAUAAAUAUGAUACUAGGCUCAGUGAAGUGAAGAUAUCUUUUCCUCAGUGGGAACUUCUAAAGCAAGACCAAUUAAACAUUCUUCUCAAUCUCCCUGUGGACCAAGUGCAGUUACAGUUUGAGGAUAUGCUGAAUUUCAAAAACUAUCAAACAUGUGUGAAAGAAGCUGCGCUGUUGGAGUAUUUUGUCAAUGGAUUUUGGUGGGCCAAAGAGAUGAACUUCAAUUCUCAGCAAAUCUCAUUUAUCAUGGCACUUUUACAGCAACUACUUGACAACAUAAAAAUACUUGCCACCAGACAAUCUCCAUCAACAGAAGCUAAAGCCAGCUUUUUAUUCACCACCAAUCAAAUCAAAGCCAUCACAGAUUACUUCAAGACCAGUCUUUUUCAGCACUACAGACUAUAUGAAUUACUGUUCGCUCACAGCAGAGAGAAGCAACUCCUGAAAAUAGAGAAAUGCAUUGAGGUGAUCGACCCCGCUGAGUUUGCCGCCCCGCUGGAAGAAGGCAUGCCUGUGGAUCUGUACUUCCAUUACAUGGCUCCCCCAUGUGUCCAAACGCCUGAGCAGACCGUGCAGGAAUCUCUUGAGGAGAAUGUGGAAGAGCCUGGAAAAGCUGAACUGGAAGAAAGUCCCGGGAAUCACGUGGGCUUCAGUGUGGAAGAUGUUCGAGAGGCGCUGGGGGAAAUGACCCAGGAGAUGUUAGCAAAACUGCAGGCCGACUUCACAGAGAAGCUGCGAGUUCAUGAGGAGACCUACAUCUCGAGGUUAGAACGACUUCAAAAAGCCUCUUCCAAAUAGCACUGAUGAGAUGCCAAGAGGAUUUCCCACCAGUAUUUACUAAUUCAAUCAGAACCAAGUCCGAAAAUAACAUGGAAUAUGGCACUGGUGGUGUAUACACCCAAAUACUUCUAAAUUACCAAACAUUUUAUUCACUUCGGUUGCACUUAUGUCAAGCAAAACUACUUCAUCAGUUAGUACGGUGUUGAUAAAAGAAAUAAAUGACUUUCUGGUGACAUUCUUGAUUUAUUCAGCAUGAUAAAAUGAUGCAGAUGAAAUUCAGGAUCAUAUUCGUGGACGUCAAGGAGGGAACAGAAUAUCUAAUUAAGUUGUUUGUAUAAGGUUUUUGUGGCACUGUUCCCACAAGUCAUUAGCUGUCUGAAAGUAGCCCAGCGCUAUGGCAACGCUGUGUAACUCAGCCUAAAUAGCUGAGUUGCCAUAUAAAGUGAUGUAUUAUUAAAGCUGAAUAGUGACUUUUCCACUGCAUUUGAGAAAGCCCACAUACAACUAUAAAUAUCCCCCGCAGUACAUAUGAAAGAAUGCUGAUCUUUUUUUUUAACUCUAAGCUCUUAUUUUCCAUUUACAGAGCACAUUAUUUUACAUCACAAGGCACAUUCUGCAAACGGAAUACCAUCAAAGAUUAUUAUUGUUAUUAUAAAGAUGAAUUAUUAAUUUAGCUUAUGUCAUUCAACUCUUAACUGCACAUUUAAUACUUAACCAGAUUAUGAUUGAUGGGUAAAACAGGUCCAUUUAAUCAGCGCAAUAUCAAAUUACAGCAAUAUUCCUCCAUGCCUCUGUGUUGUUUUACGGCCUGUUGAUUUAGUUCUUCAUUAGCCUUUCCGCCCCUGUGUUGACAUGUGACGUUGAAGUUAGCUGCUUACCCGGGAACAUGUUCAAACAGUUUGAGGGUUGUUUUGGAGCUGUUCUUUUUGUUUCCAAACUAAUUGAUAGAGUCAUUCCUGAGCCAAGAGCUGGAUGACCUUUCGGCUCAUUCACAACAACAGUCCCUCUGCUGGCCAAUGGAGUACAUUAAAGAAUGACUUCCUGCUUAUGGGAGGGCUGUGGAUAGGUUUUAAAGAGCCCAUCGUGGCUUUUAGUUCAGGUUUAUGGGGUCAUCUGGAUGCUAGUGUACACCUAAAGAUUAACAAAUGUUCCAAACCUUUUGCAGAUAUAUUUAAAAUAUAUAUUUAAAUUGUACAAAUGUUCAUUUCCUGGAGAAAAUUCACCAUUAAAAGGCAUAUAUUAAUUUUUUUCCCAUCCUUUUGAUUGUCCCUCCACCUGAUAGCACCUGAGAUGACUAGAAACUGCAAGUAGCAGAUCAAAGCUAUCAUGCAAACUUAAAAAAACGUAUUUGUAAAAAUGGUAAUUUUGACAUUUUAUCUUAGAUUUCUGACUUUUUUCUCACAGUUACUACACUGUAAAAAGUGAUAAGUUGGCU